AUGAGCCUCCCGAACCUUUCCCAGUCAGCGAAGAUGUCCCAUGGUAAUGUUAUCGAGGUCGUCUCAGCCGCUCAAUUUGAGAGUAUCGUCGAUAACGAGCCGUGUGUUGUUAAGUUCUACGCAGAUUGGUGUCCCCCAUGCCGAGCCGUCAGCCCAGAGUUCUCUCGGUUAAGUCAAGAAUAUCCUGAGGUCAAAUUUCUUGCGGUGAAUGUUGACCAGAUGGGGAGUGUCUCCCGAAAGAACAACGUGAAUGCAAUGCCUACGUUUCUCUUUUUCGACGAUGGAAAGGAAGCCGGGAGGAUUAUUGGAGCGGAUAUUAGAUCCGUGCAAGAGCAUAUUCGUGAGCUCUUCACAUGA